CACUCCUCACGAAAGCAAACAGCCGACAACUUUGCGGCCAGGUUCCUCUUAGGAGCAAGUUCAUCUCUUCCGUCCUUCAAGCACUUGACCAAGUCCCUGGGCAGUUUUUGUCUGCAGGGUCCCCCGUCUUGGAGUCCUGCGGAAUUGACAUCGACAUCCCUUACAGAGAAGUCUAUUUAUACCGGGUCUCAUUUGGGAGCAGAUCAUUUCUGUCUCCCAAGUUGCUGAGCCUAAACCGAGAGGUUUUCCAGGGCAGGCUUCUCCGCGUCCCUAAGGGAGCAGACAGGACGGUGGUCGCAGCGAUCUAUCUCGCUGCCUUCUUUCGUGUGGAGCAAGAGAAAGAAAAAAAGGAGAGAGACAGGAGGAGGAAAGGGAGACCGUUUUUUGGCCGCCUUGAGAAUUGGAUGCUUUUUCCUUCGUCCUGGAGUGACAUGAUCCUCUGUGUUCAAGGACCCCAUCUGUUUCUGGAAGAGGAAAAUAUCAGGAGGUUGUCAUUCUCACACGGGGCAGACGAAUUGCAAGAGCAGGUCAUGCAACCAUUGUCCAUCACAGCUUUCCAGGAAGAGUCAGCCCCAAGCCAGGUGGCCCCUAGGUUGGAGAACGACCUGCCCAUGGUGCGGGAUCCAGAGGAAGAUUUGUUGUGCAUUGCCAAGACCUUCUCAUACCUAAGAGAAUCUGGCUGGUACUGGGGAUCCAUUACUGCCAGCGAAGCCAAGCAGCAUCUCCAGAAGAUGCCCGAGGGUACUUUCCUGGUGCGGGACAGCACCCAUCCCAGCUACCUGUUCACCCUUUCAGUGAAGACCAACCGGGGUCCCACCAAUGUACGCAUUGAAUAUGCCGACAGCAAAUUCAGGCUUGACUCCAAUUGCCUGUCCAAGCCCCGUAUCCUGGCCUUUCCAGAUGUGGUGAGCCUCAUCCAGCACUACGUUAUGUCUUGUACGAUGGAAAGCAAGAGUGAUGCCCCCUACCCACCCCCAUCCCCACUCCCGCCCUCCCAGAAGGACUCACCUUCAGCCGUGGCUGCCAUGGUGGCCGUGCAUCUCAAACUCAUCCAGCCCUAUGGCCGCAAGAACAGUGCCCCCAGUUUGCAGCACUUGUGCCGGCUGAGGAUCAAUAAGCUGACCAAGGAAGUUGAUCAGUUGCCCCUCCCCAAGCGAAUGGGGGACUAUCUGAAACAAUACCCUUUCCAGCUGUGAGAGGGGGUCUGCUGCCCAUCUCAAGGGGCCAGGAGACACCCACAGAGCCCAGCCCGCUCCACAUUUUUAAAGGACAAAGGAGCAGCAGAAAAAGACGAGACCCUGGGUUUCUGCCCCAUCGGGCGGGCUCUGGGCGGGACACUCCCAGUAGUAAGGGUUGUGUCUCUAUCCCCUCCUCUCCCCUCCCCCAAUUAUAGUCACCCUAAUGAGAAGGAAGGCCAUUGGACCUGCUCACAAACCAUGGAAUGGAGGACAGACUUACAGACUGGUCCUGCCAGGAGCGGGCAUCCCGGGCACACUACUUGAAUGUCAGAAGUCCCAUGGCACCAACUCCUUCAGACUGAGACCUUAGCAUUGCCCCCAUUUCUAUUUAUUUCUGUGGCUGUUUCCUUAAUCUUCAGUGUCUCGGCAGUGCCGAAGAUUAUUUUUUAUCAUGUUGCUCACUUGUUCCUCUUUCUCCUGGCACCUGCCCAGGCUCAGAUCACCCUAUUGACCCGGAUAGCUAAUAGGGGUAUUACCUUCUUUCUGCUUUCCUCUGCUUUUAAGUAUUCACACACACACCAGCUACCUGAACUGAAGAGUCUUUCUCCUGGCCUGUCACCACCUGCCCCAAUCCUACCUCCUGAAGAAAAAAAAAAAAAGAAAUCAAACUCCAGGGGAUGCUAACUGAGAUCUUGAGGGAAGUCACUCAAAGAAGCACAAGAUAAUUCUAGGAGAUCAGGAAAGCUGCUCAUGGGAAGGGAGGGUUCUAGGAAUCGUCCCUUAUGUGUCUCAGUCUCUGCCCUCACUAAAGUCUAGGAAUGGGUCAGGGAAGAAAAUGGCAGAGGCUCAGAGGGCAGGCUGGAGAGGUCUCUCCUCCCCGUCCCUGGGUAGAGGUGGAUACACGGUUUUGCAAUAUUUAUUUAUUUAUUCUAUUUGUGAAAAAUAAUAUGGACGUGAUGCUGGGUGACAGCAGAUCUAUUGCCUCCUAUCACUGUGAUGCCAGCUCAUCCCCUUAGCAUGUUACAAAACAGCCAGCUGAUGCUUAGUGGUCUCAGUGAGACCCAUGUAUAUAUAUAUUUUUUCCAUUGUUUCAUUUGUGAUGGAGAAUCUUUCUCUUAAAUGAAGUGUCAUCUAAUCCAAACCAGUAUCACCCCUGCUCCAAGUUCCUGCAGAAGAAAAACAUCAUAUUUACUUGCAUAAUUGCCCCACUUUGGGGCAUACAUUGUGCAACCCUAAAAUAAGGGAGGGGCUAUUAUACGGGGAAUUAAGUUUAGCAGUGAAGGGAGCAAAGAGAAAAAUGAGAAGAAAUAAAGGAAGAGGAAAGGCAGGGAGAAGGAAGAGGAAGGUCAGCGGGCACUUUAGUCUCAAUUCUAUCGCACUCCCCAGGUGAUGCAUAUAAUAAGCACUUAAUGAAUUAUGAUAAUCACCCUCCCCCACGCUUCUGUUUCUCCCCCAGAGUGUGCUCAGUCUCAAUGAAGAUACUCCACAUACUCCCUUGCAAGCCCGUAUUUGGGCCAUUUUCACAUUCUGACCCUUCUCCUCUUCCUAUCCCAGUGCAUGCCAUCUUCACUGCUUACAAAAAUCAUCUUUUACUUCCUCCUCAAAAAUCGGGGGGAAAUAUGUGGUGGAGGCAAUUAUGUGAAUAAAUAUGGUAGCUGCUUC